AUGGAACCAGAUGCAAAAGACGCAAACCGAAAAGAAUCAUUUAUGAGGAACUUCUAUUUGCUUUUACAUAUGAUUGCAUAUCCAAUGUAUUUUAUUACCAAAAAUGCAAACUUAUAUAAAAGUUUUGUAUCAGAUUGCCCAGUUUACUUUAUAACUAUCACUCUCUCAUUUAUGGUAAUGUUGUGGUUCUAUUCUCACUCUUGUCAGGGAGCUGGAUAUCAAACAGAAGAACCGAAAAAUAUAGAUGGCCUUUAUUUCUCAGAAGCAGCCGGGAUUCAUCUUCAAGUUCGUGCAGGAUAUUGCAGAUGGUGCAAAAAAGUUAUUUUAAGACGUGACCAUCAUUGUCCAUGGACAGGACAUUGCAUUGGGCGUGAUAAUAACCUUUAUUUCUUAAUUUUUACCUCAUCUGAAGCUGUCAUUAUAUCUAUUGUAAUAUUUGAUAUACUUUACAGCUUUUAUCAUUCAUUCAUCGCAAACGAUUAUCUUUGGAAUAUUGUACAAGGUGCUAUUACCCUAGGCCUUGUAGGAUCUGCUUGGUACAUUACAUUUUUCAUUACCAUUCAAACGCUAAAUUCAAUUGCAAUUAAUAUGACCAUUUGGGAGUUUAAAUGCCACGACAGAAUUACUUACCUUGAAAAUUGGCCGCAAUGGGCCAGCCCAUUUAACAAAGGGCUUGUUAACAAUUUUAUCGAAUUUUUCACAAUGAAAUACAGAAAAACAGAGUGGGAAAUGCCUAAAAGGCCAAACUUACGGAAUUUGAUAGUUCCUGAUGACGUUAAAUAUAACUAUGACAGAGCAGUGAAAAAAGGUUUAGUGAAACCACCACAAUAA